AUGAGUGCAAACGAUGAUCAACAAGAACAACAACAGCGGCCUGAUUCUCCCACGGUCGAUGAAGAACGCCCACCGGGUGCGGGAGUGGUGGCCGAACAUGAGAUCGUAAAGAUGGAGGACGUAAUUACAAUCGAUCCCGAAACGACCGAGGUCGAUCUGAAUCAUGGACGCAUUGGAAAGAUUGAAAACCUCGAACCGCUAACAAAACUUGAACGACUAUACCUGCGAUGGAAUUUGAUAAAAAAGAUCGAAAACCUGGACCAUCUUACUUCACUGAUCGAGCUCGAGCUGUAUGACAAUCAGAUUACGGAGUUGGAAAAUUUAGACCAACUUGUUAGCCUGGAAAUGCUCGAUGUCAGCUUCAAUCGGUUGCAUCAGAUCCAGAACCUUUCUACGCUGACCAACCUGCGAAAGCUGUUCCUGUGUGCUAAUCGUAUAUCGUUGAUCGAAAAUCUGGACCAUUUCACCAGUCUGACCAUGCUGGAGUUGGGAGAUAAUAAGAUCCGGAAAAUUGAAAACCUCGACAAUCUAACCAACAUGACCCAUCUCUAUCUGGGCAAGAACAAGAUAACGAAAAUCGAAAAUCUCGACAAGCUGGUCAAGCUGGAAUGUUUAAGCCUGCAGUGCAACCGGUUAACGAAGAUCGAAAACCUCGACCAGUUGGUCAAUCUGACGGAGCUGUAUCUGUCCGAGAAUGGCAUAGAGACGAUUGAAAAUUUGGACCAAAACAAACAGCUCGAAACGCUCGACCUGGCAAAGAACCGGGUGAAGCGCAUCGAUAACUUGGAGCAUCUGCAACAGCUUGAAGAGUUUUGGAUGAACGAUAACGGCGUAUCGGAAUGGAGUUGCGUGGACAAGCUGGCCAGCAAUAAGCGUCUUGCGACGGUCUAUCUGGAGCGCAAUCCGGUCGCAAAUGAUGUUAACUAUCGACGAAAACUAAAGCUGGCCGUGCCUUGGUUGCAAAAGAUUGAUGCGACACUCUGUCGUUAG